GUUGCGUUGGGCAGUCAUUGCUGCAACAAGCUCCCGCUCUCUCUCUCUCCACAGUGGGAAUACUACUAAAAACCCAAAUGAUUUAGGUAACUACACUGGAGGGAAAAACAUAAAAAAAACACACACACACACACACACUCAGAGAGCGGGAGAUCGAGAUAGAGAUGGAUUGUUGUAGUUGGGUUCGACUUCUGGUGCUGGCGGCAUGCUUGUUUCCGGCUUUGGUCGAGUGCAGGGUUCGUCAUUACAAGUUCAAUGUGGUGUUGAGGAAUGCCACCAGGCUGUGCACCACCAAACCCAUCGUGACAGUGAAUGGGAAAUGGCCAGGCCCAACUCUCUAUGCCAGGGAAGGCGACACGGUGCUCGUCAGGGUCACCAACCACGUCCAAUACAAUAUGACCAUCCAUUGGCAUGGUAUUAGACAGUUGCGGACCGGGUGGGCUGAUGGGCCAGCAUACAUCACGCAGUGCCCAAUCCAGCCGGGGCAAAGCUAUGUGUACAACUUCACAGUGACAGGCCAACGAGGAACCCUACUUUGGCAUGCACACAUCACAUGGCUACGUGUCACUGUCCAUGGCGGCAUCGUCAUCUUGCCCAAGCGUGGCGUCCCAUAUCCAUUCCCUAAACCCCAUGAGGAAAAAAUCCUCCUACUAGGUGAAUGGUGGAAUUCAGACGUAGAAACUGUGAUCAAUCAAGCACUUCAGUCAGGGUUGGCACCAAAUGUCUCCGAUGCUCAUACCAUCAACGGACUUCCCGGACCCAAUGCAAAUUGUUCUUCUGACGAUGGGUUCAAAUUGAACGUGGAGGGCGGCAAAACCUACCUUCUCCGCAUUAUCAAUGCUGCACUCAAUGAAGAACUCUUUUUUAAGAUCGCCGGCCACAACCUCACCAUCGUCGAAGUCGACGCCGUCUACACAAAACCUUUCCAAAUUGAUACCAUCGUCAUAACCCCAGGCCAAACCACAAAUGCCCUCCUAACCGCCGACAAGGGCUCCGGCAAGUACUCCAUCGUCGUCUCCCCCUUCAUGGACUCCCCCGUGGCGGUUGACAACGCGACCGCCACCGCCACCCUGCACUACUCCGGCACCCUAUCGACAGCCGCUACCACCCUCGCCGUCCCACCGCCGCAAAACGCCACCGCAGUGGCCAACAGCUUCAUAAACUCCAUCCGAAGCCUCAACUCCAAAAAGUACCCCGCGACCGUGCCCUUGACGGUCGACCACUCUCUUUUGUUCACGGUCGGGCUCGGGAUUAACCCCUGCGCGACUUGCGUCGCGGGCAACGGGAGCCGCGCGGUUGCGUCGGUGAACAACGUCACCUUUGUCAUGCCCACCAUGGCACUCCUUCAAGCACACUUCUUCAACAUAAGCGGGGUUUUCACAACGGAUUUUCCCGGUAAUCCGCCGAUAGCUUUCAACUACACCGGCACACCGCCGAAGAACUUGGCGACGGUAAAUGGGACAAAGGUAUAUAGGGUUGCUUACAAUGAAACAGUUCAGGUUGUCUUGCAAGAUACGGGUUUGAUAGCUCCGGAGAACCAUCCAGUUCAUCUUCAUGGGUAUAACUUCUUUGGGGUUGGCAAGGGAUUGGGGAAUUAUAACCCGAAAAAGGAUCCGAAAAUGUUUAAUCUAGUGGACCCAGUUGAGAGGAACACAAUUGGAGUGCCAUCUGGUGGAUGGGUGGCUAUUAGAUUUCGUGCAGAUAAUCCAGGGGUUUGGUUCUUGCAUUGUCAUUUGGAAGUGCAUACAACUUGGGGGCUUAAGAUGGCAUUCUUGGUGGGCAAUGGCAAAGGACCUAAUGAAUACCUUCCACCACCUCCAAGUGAUCUCCCAACAUGUUAAGACGGACACAACAACAAGAGUUAAUUACAAGACUCUCUAACUAUAUACUGAAUUUUAGGGAUUUUCUUUGCCAAAGAAGAGAUAAAUAGAUAACUGAAAGGCAACACAAUUAAUAAAAAGUUCGAAGGGCGCUCUGGUUUGAUUGUUUCUUGGGAGAAUGAAGCUGCUCAAGCAUAUGUGAAUAAAGUGGCAGCAAGGGCAUUUUGAUUUCAAUAUACAUUUUUUUGUUACAUGUUUUCAAAUAUGUAACUCCUCUGUUAUAUAUAUAUAUAUAUAUAUAUUUCCAUACUUCGGAAAACAUGUUUCUAUUAUAUAUAAAAAUUUCAAAUUUCUUCC